UUUGUAUUAUUUGAAUUGUAUCUUUCUUCAUUCUAUACAUCAUUUUCUAAAUAACUCAUUGUAUUUCAAAAGGAGAUAAUUGUAUUAUUAAAUAUAUAUAUAAUUUUAUAUAAAUAAAACGUGGCAUUUUUAAUAGUUCACAAAACGCUCGAUAUAAGCGAUUGUCAUUACAAAUUUAUAAGUUAAACACAUUGCGAAAAGUUUCUAUUUGUUUUAGAUAUUUUAAUGUCGCAAUCUACAGACAAUUUGAAAUUUGAAGCAACUGAAGCACAAGAUGCAGAUGUGCAAAGAAAAAAGCCAACCUGUAUCAUUGUGCUUGGAAUGGCUGGUUCUGGCAAAACAACAUUUGUUCAAAGAAUUGUUUCUACUUUGUAUAGUAUUAAAAAACCAUAUGUAAUUAAUUUAGAUCCAGCUUGUAAAGAAGUUCCUUAUCCAGCUAAUAUAGAUAUAAGAGAUACUGUUAAUUAUAAAGAAGUGAUGAAACAAUAUAGUUUAGGUCCAAAUGGUGGUAUAGUUACGACAUUAAAUCUAUUUUCUACAAAAUUUGAUCAAGUCAUAGAUCUUAUUGAUAAGGCAGGUCAAGAACACGAGUAUGUAAUUUUGGAUACUCCAGGACAAAUAGAAGUAUUUACUUGGUCGGCAAGUGGUAGGAUUAUAACGGAAGCAUUGGCGUCUCAAUUUCCAACUAUUGUUGUAUAUGUAUUAGAUACUGUGCGCAGUGUUAAUCCUGUUACAUUUAUGUCAAAUAUGUUGUAUGCAUGUUCCAUACUAUACAAAACAAAAUUACCAUUUAUCGUUGCUAUGAAUAAGAUUGACAUCGUUGAUCAUAGUUAUGCUGUAGAUUGGAUGCAGGAUUUUGAAGCUUUUCAGGAAGCUCUUGAUUCAGAAACUAGUUAUAUUAGUAAUUUAACAAGAAGCAUGUCUCUUACUCUGGACGAGUUUUAUUGUCAUUUACGUAAUUGUGGAGUUUCUGCUGCUACUGGGGCAGGUAUCACUAAAUUCUUUGAACUUGUGGAAGAUGCAGUUAAAGAAUAUGAAAGCGAGUACAAGCAAAGUUGGCAAAAGUUGAAGCAACAGCGAGAUAUUGAAAGAAAAAAAGUUGAAAAAGAACAGCUAGAAAAUGCUACUCAAAGUGCCACAGGGGAGACUGUACCUUUUGUAACAACUAUAAAUAGUGGUAGAGAAAUUUCAGAUAUAUAUCUAAAACAUGCUGGUAAUGAAUCAAGCGAGGAUGAAGAUGGAAUUGAAAAUACUUAUGAAGAAGACAUUGAAGAAAAGAAACAAGCUGAAUCUUUCAAAAGCUUUUUACAGAGGCAUCAACAGGAACAAAAUAAACGAGCUACAAGUCAACAAUCACAAUCCAGUACUAGUCAAAAUACAUAAUUUAUAUUCUGCAUACGAAUAUAAUUUAUAAUUCUUUUAUAUUUUGAAGUUUAAAAUAUUUCUUUCAAAUAAACAUUGUUUUUUAUUUUA